CUUUGUAUUGUUUAUUGAAAACACACCUAAACAUUCUUUUCCGAAUAAAAAAUGUUUGUAAAAGUAGCGGCGCGAGGAGCUUUUAAAGAACUACCACGAAAUAAAGCAAAGGAUGCGCCUGGCACAGUCCGAAAACGACCACUUUUUGGAUAUGAUUUCAGAGAUGUACCCGGAGCUGCAAGACGGCAUCUCCAGCAACAGCAGCGACAGCAACAACAGAAGCAGUGACAGCGACAUCAAUGGAAACAACAACAGUGGCACAGAAAGUUUGGCAGACAAUAAUUCCGACACUUCCGCGUGCUCAGACACCCGCCCAGGCAAACGGAGGCGGCAGCAGCAUCAGCGGCGGCAGCGGCCAGCAUCAGCAUCAGCAUCGUUUGCGCAACCGCUUUUGACGAAACGGCGGCGGCGGCAGCUGAGCAAACGCGACGACCGCAAUGACCCCAAACCAGUGGUGCCUGUGGCGCGCGACUCGUCAGGCAACGCGCUUAUGCCCAUGGUGCUGAGGGACCACCACGGGCAGGACGAGAUCCGGAUCCACUCUCUGGGCCAGGUCAACCCGGCGGACGCAUACCAUACGUCUAGGUACAUUUGGCCCGUGGGGUUCCGCAGCACGCGAAUGUACCCGAGUAUGCAGGACGGCCAGCCCACCGUGUACACGUCGGAGAUUCUGGAUGGCGGAGACAUGCCUGUUUUCCAGGUGACGGCAAAGGACGACGAAAAGUGUUUUCGGGCGAGCUCGUCCAGCGGCGUGUGGAAACAGGUGCUGGAUGUUCUGAUGGCCGGAGGACUCGGCGUGAAGACCCAUGCGAGUGGACCGCAGUUGUUUGGCCUGAGCCAUUUGGCCGUUACUAAGGCCAUUCAGGAGAUGGAGGGCGCCGAUAUGUGCCGCAAGUAUAUUCGCCAGAGGUGGAUCGACGACCCAAAUGACUCCAAGACCGCCGUGUAUGCUGUGGAAGAGGAAACCGAAGACGAACCGUUGGCUCACUAAUUCGCCACGCGCCCUGUUCAUAUUUAUUUAUUCUACUUUUUCAAACCAGCCUUUUCUCGAUAAUUUCCUUUGCUUUUUUGUCCGUACUUCAUACAAUUUCUCUUUUUUUCUUUUUAUUCCUAUUCUAUAGUUUUUCAAAUAU